AGUAUGAAGGAUCAUAUAAAUGAAGGUCGAAUCUUAGCUAUUGUUUUCAUGGUAAUGUACGUAUUCGCGUUUGCAAUUGGACCAGGUCCAAUUCCAUGGUUUUAUGUAGGUGAGUUGUUUCCAUCAUAUUCACGAGCAAGUGGCACUUCAAUCGCAUGCGCUGUUAAUUUGAUGACCAAUUUUUGGGUUGGACUACUUUUCCCACCAAUCAGAGAGCAUCUCACCCAUUAUACAUUCUUGAUAUUCACAGUGGCAUUGUUCUUUGGUACGAUUAUAACUAUGUUUUUUAUUCCUGAAACAAAAGGCAAGACCAUUGAAGAGAUACAGCAGCAUCUGAAGAAGAAACGUCCAUCAUGUAUAUAA